CGGGUUCACCGGACGCAUAACCAGCUCCGCCAAGAGCGGAUUAGAUAGGAGGCAGCGAGCAGAGGGAAGAACAGUGCGGCACUGCUCCUUCCCGGCGCUGCUUAUCUCCCCGCUCCCUCCUUCCAGCGCGUCGCCAUGAACACAGCCAUGGCCACCGCUUCCUUAUCCCUCAAAGGCCGCCCUUGCCAGGGCGCGGCCAAGAACCUCUCCUCCCCGCUCCUCGGCGCCCCCGCCUCCUUCCUCCGGCCGCUGGCGCCCGCGCCCAGCGCCGCCCCCUCGCGGCGGACGCUCGCCGUCAGGGCCAUGGCGCCGCCCAAGCCGGGAGGCAAGCCGAAGAAAGUGGUGGGCAUGAUAAAGCUGGCCCUGGAGGCCGGCAAGGCGACGCCGGCGCCGCCCGUCGGCCCGGCGCUUGGUGCCAAGGGUGUGAACAUCAUGGCGUUCUGCAAGGAAUACAAUGCCAAGACGGCCGAGAAGGCCGGCUACAUCAUCCCCGUCGAGAUCACCGUCUUCGAUGACAAGAGCUUUACUUUCGUCUUGAAGACACCACCAGCCUCCGUUCUGCUCCUUAAGGCUGCAGCUUAUUGGAUUAACAAUUCAGCGUGCAAAUGUAACCUUUUUCAAAGUGUCGAAAAGGGUUCAAAAGAGCCACAGCGAGAAAAGGUUGGCAAAGUAACAGCAGAUCAAGUCCGUGCGAUAGCUCAAGAGAAGUUGCCGGACUUGAACUGCAAGAGCAUCGACUCUGCUAUGAGGAUCAUUGCUGGCACUGCCGCUAACAUGGGCAUUGAUGUUGACCCUCCAAUCCUUCAGAAGAAGGAAAAAGUCCUCUUGUAGUUUGUUUUGCUGGCACCCACAGAUCAAAUUAUCAAUCGCUUUCUGUAGAUUCUGCCUUCCUUUUUGUUCGUCAAUUCGCAGUGCCAACUUGAAGUUUUCCUCUGGUGUCCGUAACCUUGUUCACUAAUCCAGUCAUUUGGUGUAGACCUGUAAUUUUUUCUUGCCAAGUCCUUCGAUAUACCACAUCUGAAAGGAAAGGGCUAUUCCAAGCCUUUGCGCACCAA